GAAAGAAAGAAAGAAAGAAAAGAAAACAAACUAAAGACUCAAAGCUGGCAUGGUGGUACAUAUUGGUAAGCCCAGCAUUUAAAAGACUAAGACAGAAGGAUUGCCUCAAGUUUAAGGCAAUCCUGAUCGACACAGUAAGUGCCAGGCCAGCCAGGGUUCCACAGCAAGACCCUGUCUCAAGACAAUAUUUAACAGUCUCCACAAUAAACUUGAAAUCCUCUGGUUUAGUCCACUUAGGCACGUGGAUUCCAUGUGGCAAGAUGGUUAAGUCUAGUUUGAGCUGCUGACCAUAUCUGUAACCUUCACCAAGUCACAGAGUUAGUGGACUGGUAAAAUUGACUCCAAGGGGACCACAUGAGGUUAUCUAUUUAAGAGCCUGGCACAGGCUAAUCACUGGCCCAGAGAGGAACAGUGACUGGCCUGAGGUGCACAGCACCGUCUCUCUCUCAUACCAAGCCAUCACACAUUUGUUGAUUCAGCAGACUGGCACUCCAUGUCCAGCGCUACUCUGAGGACCCAGAAUGGACACUGCCAUGGAAGCCAACCUGGACGCUGCUGGCCACGGUCCCCGCACAGAGCUCGAUGACGAGGACUACUACCCUCAGGGCAGCUGGGACACAGUCUUCCUGAUAGCCUUACUGCUGCUGGGACUGCCAGCCAAUGGGCUGAUGGCAUGGCUGGCUGGCUCGCAGGCCCGGCAUGGGGCUGGCACGAGACUGGCCCUGCUCCUGCUCAGCCUGGCCCUCUCUGACUUCUUGUUCCUGGCAGCAGCGACUUUCCAAAUCCUGGAGAUCCAGCAUGGAGGGCACUGGCCGUUGGGCACGGCCGCCUGCCGCUUCUACUACUUCCUGUGGGGUGUGUCCUACUCCUCAGGCCUCUUCCUAUUGACAGCCCUCAGCCUGGACCGAUGCUUGCUGGCGCUGUGCCCACGCUGGUACCCGGGGCGCCGCCCAGCCCGCCUGCCCCUCUGGGUGUGCUCUGGGGUCUGGGUGCUGGCCACACUCUUCAGUGUGCCCUGGUUGGUCUUCCCCGAGGCUGCUGUCUGGUGGUACGACCUGGUCAUCUGCCUGGACUUCUGGGACAGCGAGGAGCUGCCUCUGAGGAUGCUUGAGAUCUUGGGGGGCUUCCUGCCCUUCCUCUUGCUGCUGGUCUGCCACGUGCUUACCCAAGCCACUGCCUGCAGGACCUGUUGUGGGCACCAGCCUAGGCCUACGGCCUGCCACGGCUUUGCCCGUGUGGCCAAAACGAUUCUGUCAGCCUAUGUUGUUCUGAGGCUGCCCUACCAGCUGGCACAGUUGCUCUAUCUGGCUUUCUUAUGGGAUGUGUACCCUGGGUACCUGCUCUGGGAAGCCCUGGUCUAUUCUGACUACCUGAUCCUGCUCAACAGCUGCCUGAGCCCUUUCCUGUGCCUGGCAGCCAGUGCUGAUCUCCGGGCCCUGCUGCGUGCCGUGCUCUCGUCCUUUGCGGCUGCUGCCUGUGAGGAACGGCCUGGUAGCUUCACACCAGCCGAACCACAGACCCAGGUGGCCUCUGUGGGCUUGACUCUGCCAGAACCAACAGCUGAAGGCCAGUCACGGUUGGAUCCCUUGGUCCAGCCUCAGAGGAAUCCCUCUGUCCAGCCACAGUCAGAUUCUGUGGUCCAGCCUGAGGUGAGCCCCUCAGUCCAGCCACAGUCAGAGUCUGUGGCCCAGCCUGAGGUGAGCCCCUCAGUCCAGCCACAGUCAGAUUCUGUGGUCCAGCCUGAGGUGGACUCCCUGAUCCAGCCACCCCUGGAUCCUGUAGUUCAACUUGCAGUGAACCCUUUUACCCAGUCACAGUUGGAUCCCAUGGCUCAACCUCAAGUGAACCCUUCAGCCCAACCACAGUCAAAUUCUGUGGUGGAGACUCAAGUGGACUCCUUGACCCAGCCACAGUUGGAUCCUGUGGCCCAGCCACAGUCAAGCACGGAGGCCCAGGCCCCUGCCUGUGGGGUUGAGUCAGCCUCUAAUCCUGGUGAGGAAAGGUCCCCCAGCCCAUCCCCAGAUCCCACUCCUGGGGCCCCUGAGAACCUAGACAGACCAGCUGUUCCUGAGGAAGAAAGCCCCGGCAGUGUCCCGCCAAAAGAGGCCCCCAGCACCGGCCCUACUUGAGUGACCGGGACGCCCAGGCCUGCCAGGGCAGUAGGAGAGUCAGAGAGAGCCAAUGAAGCAGCUAGGCAGAGAGGUGGCAGCACAAAGAAACGCAGCAGGAAAACCCCCAUUGAUUCCCUUGAGCCUGCCGCCAGGAGGGCUGGGGAGAAGUGAAACCAGUAAGCCAAAAGUCCCAGGCAGCGCGCUGUGAGUGUCGCCUCCCUGGUCUCACCCGGCUUUCCCAUUCCUACCCCAAACACACAGCCACCCAACAUCCUUGAGCCGCUGAGGAUGGUCCUGCUGGGUUCUAGCCCCCAGUGCCCCCAGGGCCCCCAGUCCAUGCUUUCCCCCUUAUUGCCUCCAUCCUGGUGGAGGAAGACAGCAGGGGGUACUUCCUCUGGGCUUGAUCUGAUGGCCCUCUAACCCUUCCCUCACUUUCCCCAUUCCUGUCUGGUUCUCUGGCUUGGGCACCAAAUAGAAAAGUUCCAGUAGAGAGGGGAGGCGUCCAGCCUAAAGCAAGAGCCAGCUGGCCCAGCGUAGCCAAGCUGUCUGAGACAUUCACCUGCCCCCAGCACACAGAGCCUGGGACAGGAUUUCCCUAGCAAGGUGCAACCAGACAAAAGUGAGGAGCAGCCAAGCCUGGAUUCAAAUCCAGCUCUGCCACACCCUGGCUUGGUAACUGGGCAUGCUUUGAGGGGCAUUUGAGGAUUAAAUGAGAAAGUGAGUGUGGCACCUGCAGGAGCCAGGCCCACAGUGAAACUCCCGGAGCAGACCUUUUCCUUCCCUGACCUUUCCCUUCCCUGACAUACAAAAAUGGCCCUUCAGGGGCUGGGACUGGAGGGCAGGAGGACAGCGCCACCAUCUGCCUGGAGCACCUGAGAGGUUGCAGACAAGCCACCUCUUGAGGGUGGGAGACUCAGGAAUCUUCGAGGUCCGACUCCACUCAAGAGCUGAACUACUAAUGUCACCUGCCGCCAGCCCUCAGGGAGGGUCGGACAGGAUCUGGGGAAGGUGCAGAGUGUGCUGGAAUGUGAACCCCAGGACACAGACAGGAGGCUGCCCAAAGGCGGAGAGCCCUGGGCACCAUGGUCCCAGGAAGGGCAAAAGCUCUGGAAGUCAAAGGGCUGAGCCAGUUCUUCCCCUCCGGCUGCAGACGCUGCAAGGGAAAAACAAAACAGGAAGUGCUGAAAAUUGUUUCCCACACACUUCCCUCCAACCACCCCCUCUUCACCCAAACAAGGGUUCUCCUCUCAGCCUCUUGUGCUCUCAGAUCAGGUCUCCCUCCCUUCCCCCCACCAUCCUUUCCCAUUCAUGAGUGGCUCAGCAGCAGGUGUCCAUGACAGGGGUAGUUUAGGUGAAGCUUUUGCCUGGGAAACUUGCAUCAUAAAAAGGCACGGUAGCAGGCUCUACAGGCAGCUGGGAGGCGUGCAGUCAGAUCUACAUGUUUAUUGCAAACUCCUUCUUAAUGUCAAUUUUCUGGUCUGUGAGAUGAGGGUAAUGGGCUGGGUAUGGCUAACUCCUGUAAUCCUAGCACUCUGGAUGCCAGGGCAGGAGUCGCAUAAGUUCAGGGUCAGCCUGGGCUACAUAGUGAGACUCUGGGUCAAAAAAGCAAGGGCUGGUGGGACCGGAGAGAUGGCUCAGCAGCUAAAAGCAUAGAAUAUUCUUGUAAAGGACCAAAGUUGGUUCUCAACACCCGCAUGUGGCAACUUACACACAUGAAACUCCAGCUGUAGGGAAUCCAGUGCCCCCUCUGGUUUCCAUGGGCACCUGUACAUACGUGUGCACAUAUACACAUGCAAACAGAUACACAUAUAAGUUAAAUUAAAUAAAUCUAAAGAAAAGAAAAAAAGGAGGGGCUAGAAAUAUGACUCAAUAGUAGGGUGCUUGCCUAAAACAUUCAAAGCCCUAGGCUCAGUUACCAGCACUGCGAAUAAUGGAUGUUAUGUUCUCUUGCUGGUGAUUACAAGUAUGGGGGACACACAUGAGAAGGCCACAGAGUGGCCAUGGCAGUUUCCAAGUAUAAUGGUAGCCUGAUGGGGUGACAGGUACCGUCUUAGUCACUGUUCUAUGGCUAUGAAGAGACACUAUGACCAAGGCAACUCUAGAAAAGAAAGUAAUUGGGAGCCGGGCGGUGGUGGCGCACGUCUUUAAUCCCAGCACUCGGGAGGCAGAGGCAGGCGGAUCUCUGUGGGUUCGAGGCCAGCCUGGUCUACAGAGCGAGGUCCAGGACAGGUACCAAAGGUACAUGGAGCUUGCUUGCGGUUUCAGAGGCUUAGUCCGCGAUCAUCAUGGCAGGAAGCAUGGCAGCAGGUAGGUGCUGGAGAAGUAGUUGAGAGCUACAUCCUGACCUUAGUCAGAGAGUGAACUUGGCCUAGAUGGGCUUUUUAAACCUCAAAGCCCACCCCAGUGACACACUUUCUCCAACAAGACCAUAUCUACUCCAACAAGGCCACACCUCCUAAUCCUUCUAAUCCCAGAGUUUCUCUCCCUGGUGACCUAAGCGUUCAAAUAUAUGAGCCUAUGGGGGCCGUUCUUAUUCAAACCACCACAGGCAACAAAGCCAGUGGGAGAGAUGUUUCUGAAGUAUUUGUUGAAUUAAUUCCUCUAACAAAUUAUAUAUACAUUUGGUUUUUUGAGACAGGGUUUCUCUGUGUGUAGUCCUGGCUGUCCUGGAACUCAUUUUGUGGACCAGGCUGGCCUCCAACUCCAGAGAUCUGCCAGCCUCUGCCUAAAGGCAUGUGCCACCACCACCCGGCUCUAACAAAUACUUAAAGAUCAUUUACCAGAUAGCUUUCUGAGCAGCCUUCCAUUUUGGAGACACAUGUUUUGGGAUCAGAGUGUCUCUAUGGGUUGUUGGGCUCUGGCUCCACCAUUCAUUCACUGUGUGGCCUUCAGCAAAGCUCUUAGACUUUUUGGGACUUGCUUUGCCCAUUUGUAAAACAGGUAUUAUAAUGACUGGCCUCUCUGCUUGGCUCUUUGGUAGAGAGUAAGUCUUCAAUCACCGACAGCCAUUAAUUUGAUAUGCUAAUGGACACCCUGAGACCAAACGAGGCCUAGGUCAGAGCCCUCCUGGCAGGUAGCCUGGGCACCCAUUAUCCAUCUUCUUACACUGCCAUGGUGCCUCCUCCACAGGAAGGUUUACCUUCCUCUUGUCCCUGCCCAUUUGCUGGAGUUCACAGUCUCCAAGGGCAGGCAGAGCCUGGAUUUCUGUCUCCCUUGGGGCACUCCGCAGCGACCCUCUCCCUUCUCCUGACAGGGGUCCCAAAGCCUCCUCAACAUCAGGUCAGAGAAAAAAACUUCCCUGCCACCAACUGUGACCCACCCACAAGCGCUACCUCUUAGGGAGCGAGCCAGCCCCACUUCCAAGGUCCCUAAGGGAGUCUCACCCAUACGGGAGAAUUGCUCCUCAGAAGGAAGAGCUGCACCCUGGGAAGUUGACAGGAUAAAGAGCAGUUUUCCUUCCUAGUGGCCCACACAACAGGUUUGUGUUAGAGAAGAUGGAGACCUGAGUCUCCAGCAUCCAGCUCAGGGAAUACACCCCAGGGGACUUGUUGCCUUCUGGGGGACUCCUUCCUCCAGGUGAGAUCCCUGUGUUCCACCCACCCCCCCCCACAAAGGAACCAGAUGUUGGUUCUGAGGACUGUGAAUAUGAAUAUUUCACAAUUCUAUAUUCAGGCCUACUGCUCAUUUAUUCAUCCAGGACCAAGUGGUUUUAAGCUGGGUGCUGGGUGGGGUCUCCUUCUGGGCACCGGAAGGACAGGGAGGGUCGUGACAAAGUCCUUGUCUUUUGUUUGCUGACAGGCAUCUUAGCAGAGUGCCAACUAAUUACACAGUGUAGCAUCUGGGACUAAGAGCAACAAAUGGGAAUAAGGAAAACCAGACAGUCACAGGGUGAGAGGGGAGCCCAAAAGGGCCCUCAGGGGAGGUGACACUUGAGCAGGGCCCUGGAGUCAUUGAAGGAUGAGGCCUUCUCAAGGCCAAGAAGAGCUUCCAGAAGAGAAAGGGGACAGAAUGUGCUAGCCUGAGGUGGGAGUGGAGGUCUGGUGUCAUUAGGACACAUGCUGAGGAUAGUGGUGGGUGCCCUGGGAUGCGGGGCAGGGGUCAGACAGGAAUUCUAGGAGAGGAACAUGGGAACUGUGGAUUUUAUUUGAAGUGGGGUGAUGUAGGAGUGGGGGAAUAUGGAACAGUAGCCACCUGGCCUGAUGUGGGUGGGCUUCCUGCAGAACCCCUGCUACCCAGUCAAGCCACACUCCUGCCUGCCUGGGUCCAGGGUUUAUGAACAGUGAGAAAUCCAAAGUCUUUGGAAACAACAAACGAAGACUGAAUCCCAGCUGGGAGGCCUCAAUCAAGCGCUUGUCCGCUCUCUGCCUGUUUCUUCAGAGUGUGGUGAACACUGAAAAGGGACACAAGCCCACCUACCCUCCCACACACAGUGGGGGGCUUGGUGCCUGCUAAACAGAAGCACUUCUUACCUCUGCUCUUGCCUCCUCCCAUAUCCCUGUUCUCUUUCUGGGAAAGACAUCCGCCCAUCACCACUGCUCACCCAGGGAGGUGGGCACAGAGGAAGGAAUGCUACCUUGUGGGUCCUAAGGGGGCACCUAAGGCCUCCAGGAUGAGACAAGAUAAGGUGAAUCUGAGGAGGCAAAUCCAGGCUCUGAAGAGACGGAAGAAAGGAAGGAAGGCGCGCGAGAUCCACAAGUCAUCUUCUACAUCGAUUUUUACUAAGCCCAAGCAGGAGCCACGGAUGUCCUUCAGGAUGGAUGAUGGACUUCCAUUUAUAUAGUCGACUGACAUCAUGCACUCCCAAUCUUGAAACUGGCACCUAUGGCUGGGUGUGGUGGCACAUGCCUUUAAUCGCGGCACUUGGGAGGCAAACGCAGGUAGGCAGAUCUUUUGAGUUCUGUGCCAGUUCGAGGCCAGCCAAGUGUGCAUAGUAGGAUC